AUGUCGCAGCAGCACAGCUAUGGCAUCCAAGGCGCAGGCGGUGGUGCAUACGCAUAUCCUCCUCCUCCUCUCCCUCCUCAAGCCCCGCAGAUGCAACAGCCUGGCUCCUACGGUCCAGGUAGCUACCAGGGUCAAUCCAACGGAGCGCAAAACCAGUACUACAACGAUCAGCAAGGUCCUCCUCCUCAACAAUACUACGGCGGCGACUACAAGCAGCCCCUCAAACCCGAAGGCUUCCAGGGCGAGCGUCUCAAACCCAAGCCCAAGUUCAACGACCCCAUCUUCCUUGUUCUCUUCCUUCUCGUCUUUGGUGGCUUCAUCGCCCUUUCCGUCAUCUGUCUUCGCGGCUACUCAAAUUCCAGUAUUGAUGUCUCUGUUGGUAGGGGCAACGUUGCUGGCAAUACGCUCAAUGGCCAGACCGUCAUCAUGUUCAUGAUCUGCUGUGGUAUCGCCCUCGUUCUCUCCUUCAUCUACAUCUUGCUCGUACGAACCUUUCCCAAGUUCAUCCUCGAGGCAACGCUCCUCUUCACCACACUCAGCAAUGUCGCCUUCUGUGUCUACCUCUGGGUGCGAGGCAACACCGCCGCUGCCAUCGUGUUCACCAUCUUUGCCGUCUUCAGCGUUAUCGCCUAUUUCUUCAUGCGAAAGCGCAUCCCACUUGCCAAGCUCAUUUUGGUUACAGUCAUUCGUACCGCAGAGCAAUACAAGAGCGUCUACGUCGUUGCGCUCAGCGGUCUCAUCGUCGAAACCGCCUUCAGUGCUUGGACCAGUUGGGUCGUAGUAGCCACCUACCAACGCUUCGAGCCAUCAGGACAGGCAGCAGGCAGCAGUUCCAGCAACGCCUCUGUCAUCGGUCUUAUGGUCUUCAUCGUCUUUGCCUACUACUGGAUUUCCGAGGUCAUCAAGAACAUUGCCUUCACCACGGUUGCCGGCAUCUUUGGCACAGCCUACUACAACGUAAACAAGGUCUCGCACGCCGCUUGGGGUGCUUUCCGCCGUUCCAUGACUUACAGCUUGGGCUCCAUCUGCUUGGGCUCGCUCAUCGUCGCCCUCCUUGACUUGCUCCGCGCCUUCUUCAACCUUUUGCAGAACCAAGCUGCUUCCGAAGGUGACCUUGUUGGCUCCAUUCUCGCUUGCGUUGCCUCCUGCUGUGUUGCCUGCAUUCGCGCACUCGUCGACUACUUCAACCGAUAUGCCUACAUCAACAUUGCUCUCUACGGCAACAGCUACAUCCGUGCCGCCAAGGAGACCUGGUCGCUGCUUAUGGACCGGGGUAUAGAUGCUCUCAUCAACGACAGUCUCGUCAACAUUGUCUUCAACUGCGGUGCCUUCAUCAUUGGUCUUCUGACCGCGCUCUUCGCCUUCAUCUACGAGCAGAAGACCAAUCCACAGUACUUGCAAAACGACUCGGGCUACUACUCGAUCAUCCUGCUUGUCGCUUUUGGUUUGGGCUUCAACAUUGCACUAAGUGUCGGUGCCGGCAGUAUCACUGCUGGUGUCAGCACCUACUUUGUUGCGCUCGCAGAGGACCCAUACGUGCUCCAGGGCAAGAACCCAGAGCUCUUCGAAAUGAUUCGUCAACAAUACCCACGCGUUGUUCAGAGUGUUCAGAACUAA